AUGGGGAAAAGAAGAAGAAAGAAGACAAGUGCAGCUCCGCCGCAUCCUCGCUGGCCGCCUCUCCCCCCGCCCCCUCCCGGCGCCUCCUUCCGCCUCUCCCUCAACCGCACCGACGAGCUCCGGUCGCCGGACCCCGCCGCUUCCCUCCAGUCCCUCGGCCUCGCGUCCGGCGACCUCGUCUACUUCUCCCUCGCCCCCGAUGCGCUCGCUUCUCCUCAGGCAGGCGAUGGCUCCUCCAGCGCCGAAUCCUCCGCAGGGGCGUCGGGUGGGGUCCCCCUAGGGCACGCGGAGAUGGAUUCCGAAGAUCCGCCCGGGGGACGGCCUCGGGAGGUCGCGGAAUCGGAGAUGGUCGAUUCGGUGCCUGAUGAUGCGCCGGGAGCCGAUGCUUCGGGGAGCGCCGGGGAUCCAGGUAAUUCCGUCUCUGCAAGUUUUGAUUUUGAGGGCGACGGCGUUGUGGCCGCGGAUGACUCGGCUGGGGUUCGCAGCAAGUUCUCCGAGCCUUGCUUUCUGAAGAGGGUUUUGAGAGAAGAAUUGGGUGGGGACGGUGGUGACCAUAGGCUUCUGGUUAUUGCGGUGCAUGCUGUUCUCCUGGAAUCCGGUUUCGUCGCGGUUGAUCCGGUGACUGGAGUGCCUGCCCAUCGGUUUCAUCUCUCCGAUCAAUGGCCUUCCACGGCGUUUAUGAUGACGUUGCAGUACAGUCUGCCUGAGCUCGUGGCUAAGACACAGGGUCGGAAUGUAUCUGAGAGUGUAGUUCUGAAGUUUGUGAGUUUAGGUCACUUUAUAAGUGUCUAUGGGCGUCUGGCUAAAGCCAAUUUGGCAUUGCGUAGAGUCUGUUUGGACGAGCGCAGAUUUGCUCCUAUUAUAGACGAGAUGUGGGCGAAAGGCGAUGAUGAUGUGGAAGGGAAUGAGGAUGGUGGAUCUUUGAAUUCGAGUUCUGAAAAAGAAGUGUUUGAGUUUUGGAAGAUCGUGAAAGAUGGUUUGGCAUUGCCACUGUUAAUAGACCUAACUGAAAGAGCUGGUUUGCCGCUUCCAUCUUGCUUCACAUGCCUUCCAAUGGAACUGAAGCUCAGGAUUUUCGAAUUGCUUCCUGGAAUUGACCUUGCAAGGGUAGGGUGUGUAUCUUCUGACCUGCAGUAUUUGGCAUCCAAUAAUGAUUUGUGGAAGCAGAAGUAUGUUGAGGAGUUUGGAGAGCGGACGGAAAGUGGAGAGAUGAUCAAUUGGAAGCAGAUUUUCACAUUGGAGGCAAAGAAGAAGAGGAAGAGGGAGAGUAGUCGGUGCCAGAUGCCUGCAUAUACUUCACGGGUCAGGAGGCUUCUGAACCCUUUAGGUUUUCCAGGAGUCUUAGGUGGAGAUUAUGACCGUCUGCCCGGCCUUGGGGUUCAUCCUCCUUUUGGCCUGCCCUUUCAUCGAUAUCAAUUCCGGCGGAAUAUCAUCCACAACUGCAAUCUGGGAGGACUUAAUGGCUGA